AUGACUUCGUUUUUCGAAGAGAUGAUUCUUCUUUUCUGGACGACUGAAUUUCACGACAUUACUAUCAUUGUUCCAAAAACAGAGCUCCGCGGUGCCACUGGGGAGGAAAUCUUAGCGCCAUACCAUUUUUGGAAUACUGACAUCCUUCGUUUUGGUUUGCUUUGUGUCCAGUCGAUCUUAUUGUGGAUUGCCUUAGUUGAGAUGAGCUCCUCUCCCAUUCGGUCGACACAAGCAUCGAAAAGAUCACGAACGAAGGAUGUUAAUCAAGACAAUAUGACUACUGAGGAUCACAAUAGGUCCAAGCGCCGCAAAUUUUCCAGUGACGACAAAGGAACUACUGAUUCCAUAAAAUCUGUUGUCUCUGAUGAGCUACCUUAUGACGGUAGUAAGCCGAUUAACAGGGAGGGCGCCCAAUCGCACCAGUGCAUCGAACAAACGCGAAGUACUCCUACACGCUGGUCGCUUUACCAUACAUUUAGCGGUUAUAUCAGCAAUAUCGAGCCUAUCUUCUCUCCCGACGAAAAUUUCGUAUUCUUGACUCUAGGCGGCGUCGUUCAGGUUUUUUCUCUGUCAACUUCUCGACCUUUUCGGUACCUCGAAACGAAAGACUCCUCGAAGAUUCUUGACCUUAAACUUUCACCAUCACGUCCAGAGCAUCUGUACGCGUUGACGACUUCCGGAACUUUGAUUCAAUGGGAUUGGGAGUCUAGUAAACGACUAGCAGUAUGGGAGAAGUUUCAAAAAACCAUCGCGUUCGAAAUCUGCUGUGUCAAACUUGACGGGAGGGUGCAUGUAGCAUCGUUCUCUCUCCGAGAGAAGAAAGAUGGACGCAGGCAGAUAUCGAUCAGCCUUCUAGACGAAAUGCAGUCGUCGAAGCAAGUACAUGAAUUUACUGUCUUGGAGACAGCUAAACAUAUCAGUAGGUUGAGGGUUCUUCAAGGAGGUCGAGUCUUAAUCGCUUGUGACAGUCAGCAUGUUAUCAUUGGCAACUCAAGUUCUGCUGGCAGUGGACCAGAUGAUCAACCAAUCUACGUGUGGAAAGAGAUCAGACUGCCAGUGAAGAUUACUUCCCUUGAUGUGCGGGAAAAUUCAACCUCCUCGGAGUCUCUUACAACGCGCACAAGUUCCUCGUCAGAUGCACCAGUCACUAUUGAUCUGGCUCUUGGUGAAUCUAAUGGCUCCAUUUUAGUCUAUCACGAUAUUCUGAACACCCUUCAGCGCAAUGAAAGCAUGGGAGGAACCGAAAAGAAGGGUCUUCCUCUUCUUCGGAAACUACAUUGGCAUAGGGAGGCCGUCAGCUCACUAUGUUGGUCGCGAGAUGGUAAUUAUGUUAUAUCUGGCGGCAGAGAAUCUGUCCUUGUCUUUUGGCAAUUGGACUCGGGCAGAAAGCAUUUCUUACCGCAUUUGUCUUCACCUAUUUGCAGCAUGGCUAUCUCCCGUAGCGGAAGGUUAUAUGCUGUCAAACUCUCCGACAACUCCGUAGUCAUAUUAUCGGCCACGGAAUUGGAACAAAUAACCACUAUUACCGGCUUGCAAUUACCCCGAUUGGUUCACAAAAUGAAAGAUAUCAGUCCUGAAGGCAGUCAAAGUUCUUGUGUGAUUCCGGCUUUGCUUCAUCCGCAGAGACCUGACAGUCUCCUCAUCGCUAUCCCAGCUCGCCAGUCUAUUUACGAGCAAAGUCAUUCGCAUGGGAAUCUGUCCGUUCUUCAGACUUUCAAUGUUCGCACUGGGUCUCACAUCUCCCGCCAAGCUCUUGCUAGAACAAACAUCACAGUUUUAAACAAGGGGCCUGAGGGAGCAGCCAUAGUCUCUCCAGAUAUACAACAUCUGGAUAUGAGUAGAGACGGUAAAUGGCUAGCUACAGUUGACACUUGGAGUCCACAUCGAGCAGAUGUUGAUGCUCUGCAAUCUUUUCCUCUACGUAAUGCAGACGACAGCCAAUGUUACAGCGAGAUCUUCUUGAAGUUCUGGGCGUGGAAUGACUUGACGGAAGUUUGGGAAUUAGUCACACGUAUCGAUGCACCUCACUAUCGGACCGUUGAUGGUCCGAUACCGCUCUAUUGUCUGUCAUCGCGACCAGAUCGACAUGGAUUUGCGACUCUUGGAGCUGAUGGAGUCCUUCGAGUUUGGGAACCAACAACCCGGUAUACUAGCUCAACGAAAUCUCGAAGCCGUGGAAUUCGCCCGGAGCAGACUUGGAAGUGCCAAACUUCGGUAGAUCUGGCAGCAAGCUCCGGAAUUGACCAUGGUAAAUCGUUAACGUCUGCAUCUAUGAGCUUUUCAGAAGAUGGGUCCGUCCUCGCAAUUUGCAUGCAGGGUGUGGUACAUCUCAUUGAUACCCAUAGAUGGGAAAUACGUCGCACUCGCGGCGGGCUGUCGUUGAAUGAUGCCUUUUCAGUCAAAUUCCUAGGUCGUUACGUGAUCCUUACUUCAAAGAAGUCAACGACGAUUUGGGAUACAGUCAAUGAUGUUUUAAAGAGCAUUCUGACCCCUGGCUCUGGUUCAACCUCGGGGUCAAAUGAGAUUGAUACCAUCUUUUUGGCUGUGAAUUCCAAAACACAAAGUUUCGCUGUGGUGACCCGUUGCUCAUCACAAGGUGAUGACGACAAGUCGACAAAAAGACGCCGAAAGCUUUCUUACCAAGUCGAAGUAUAUAGCCCGCAUUCUUCUCUUCCCUUGUUCCAGUCAGCUCUGGAGUACCCUCCUCUUUGUUUGUUGUCUGAUCCGACAACUGGCGACUACAUUAUCGUGGAUUCUGCAGCGAAUCUCAAACGGCUUAGCUGCCACGAGAGUAUUCAACCUGCGAGCGCGUCGGGUAGUACGUCUAAUCAUCUCAAAGCUGGCCUGGAAAACCUGUUCGGCAGUCUCAGCCAAGGUCUCUCUAAGCCGAAACAUCCUUCUCUUGAAGAAGAAGCAACAAUGUCUCAGUCAAGAAAAUUGGAUGGUAUCUUCGACCGUGCACCUCCUUUCUCGUUGCCGCCUGUGAGCGUACUUUUCAAGGACGUCAUCAAUUCCCUUGUCACUACUUCCUAA